UCGCUGCCUGGAGGUCGUCGACUGAGGAGAAAGUGCCGCCGCCGCCGCCGCGAGACCUUCCAGAUUCCCAGCCAUGUUCUGCCGCCUCACCCGGCCUGCCUCCGCCGCCCUCCGGAGAGGGUUCGCCACCUCCUCCCAGAACAAUGCCAGAGUGGCUGUGCUGGGUGCUUCCGGUGGGAUCGGCCAGCCUCUCUCUCUCUUGCUGAAGAACAGCCCCUUAAUCAGUCAUCUCAGCCUCUAUGAUAUCGCUCACACUCCAGGGGUUGCUGCUGAUCUCAGCCACAUUGAAACAAGAGCUGAAGUGAAAGGCUUCCUAGGACCCGAGCAGUUGCCUGACUCUCUAAAGGGCUGUGAAGUUGUCGUGAUUCCAGCUGGCGUCCCUAGAAAACCUGGCAUGACCCGUGAUGACCUUUUCAAUACGAACGCCACCAUUGUUGCAAACUUGGCGGCGGCUUGUGCCAAGAACUGCCCAGAGGCCAUGAUCUGCAUUAUUGCAAAUCCAGUCAAUUCUACGAUCCCCAUUACGUCUGAGAUUUUUAAGAAGCACGGGGUGUACAACCCCAACAGAAUUUUUGGUGUCACGACGUUGGACAUUGUCCGAGCAAAUACUUUUGUGGCUGAACUGAAGGGCUUGGACCCGGCUCGUGUCAACGUCCCAGUGAUUGGCGGUCAUGCAGGAAAGACCAUCAUUCCGCUGAUCUCUCAGUGCACACCCAAAGUGGAAUUCCCUCAGGAUCAGCUGACGACCCUCAUUGGAAGGAUCCAGGAAGCUGGGACAGAAGUUGUCAAGGCAAAAGCAGGCGCAGGGUCAGCCACACUGUCCAUGGCAUAUGCGGGUGCCCGGUUUGUCUUCUCUGUCCUGGAUGCGAUGAAUGGGAAAGAAGGAGUAAUUGAGUGCUCAUUUGUCCGAUCGGAGGAAACAGAGUGCCCGUAUUUCUCCACACCGCUUCUACUUGGGAAAAACGGCAUCGAGAAAAACCUUGGAAUUGGCAAGAUCUCCUCUUUUGAAGAGAAGAUGGUCAGCGAGGCUAUUCCGGAACUGAAAGCUUCCAUCAAGAAAGGCGAAGAGUUUGCGAAGUCCAUGAAGUGAAGAAGCAACAAUGGCAAAAGAGAACUGCAGGCCCCUUAAUUUAUUUAAGGUUCAUCAUGUCACUUUAAAGGCUCCUGGAGGCAAAGCCUGUUUUUUUGCCCAAAAGGGCCUUGGUAUUACUUGCCCUAUAAUCUAUCAUUUGAAAUUCUAUUCAUCAAUUAAAAGCCUCUUAUUUUUUUCAGGGUA